UUCCUGCGUGCGUGAUGACGUUAAUGACGUUUCCUAAGAAAAGUUCUGGAUUUCGAAAUUGAUUUUAAAGCUUUGAUUAAAUAAAUAACCAUAAUAUAGCUGUACAGUUUUGCCUCUAAUGUUUCGUCUAUUAAUUCUAACUACGGUGACUAGCGUGUUCAGAGCAGAGUGCAGUACAGCAGCCACUGUAGCCACCACCAUGAAAGCCGCUGAUUUUGAGGUGUUCGGCCGGGUGCAAGGUGUAUUUUUCCGAAAGCACACAAAGCAAGAAGCGGACAAGCUUGGUCUGCGUGGCUGGUGCAAGAAUACCAGCCAAGGCACAGUCCUCGGGCACAUGCAAGGGCCAACAGACAAGGUGGAAACUAUGAUGCACUGGCUCAAAUCCACUGGAAGCCCUAGCAGCCAAAUAGAUAAAGCGGAAUUUAGAAACCAGAAGGAAAUCGAUGAAUACACCUUCGAUGAUUUCAGUAUUAUUAGGGAAAAGAGAGAUUAAAUUAUAAUUUAUUAGUAAAAUGAAGUUUGUCCGUUAAUAAAUGAGCGAGUGUGGCUUGAUAAAGAAUAAGAAUUUACUUGAAAAAGCAUAAUACUUACCUGACUGAGAAAUAUGAUCUGAGACAAACUGAAUUUCACGCGGGAACUGUAGAUAAAAGCUAGUCUAGUAUUAGUACCGCAAAAUAUAGUAAUUCAAACGCCUAUAGACUAUAAUAUUCUCACCCACGCUCGCUAGUUUUGUGAAUCUACAGCUAACGUGCCCCUUGUGAUAAUAAUUUGAGAAGGAAUGUUACUUGAGUGCCUACAUAUGAAUAUGUAAGUCCCUUAGCUUGUUAAUCUUCCCUUUGAAGUGUAUGGCCGUCUAGUUUAAGAGCAU